AUGAUUCCCUACAAUAGUUUUAUGCAGUUACAUUAUUUGUCACGUGUAGUAGUAUGGACUCAAUUGUCCCAAACAACCACUACAACCAUAACUGAUACAUCACCUACUCCUGAAGUAGACAGAAUAAAAUUCGAGGCAACAAUUAUCAAAGCACCCUUCUUGGAACAAUUCACCUCCGACUGGUCGAAGCGCUGGUCACCAAGUGAAGCCACAAAAGAAACCAAAGACCGCGGCGAGGUAUUUAGCUAUAUUGGUGAAUGGGCAGUUGAAGAACCCACGAUAUUACCAGGUAUCGAAGGAGAUACGGGUCUCGUGGUGAAAAGUGUAGCUGCUUUUCAUGCAAUAUCAGCUCCAUUUGAUGAACCGCUUGACAAUACGGAUAAAACGCUGAAAGGAUUAGAAUGUGGCGGUGCCUACUUGAAACUAUUGACAAAAUCGGAAAAGGGUAUUCAAGCCGAAGAAUUCUCGGAUCAGACUCCCUAUACGAUUAUGUUUGGUCCGGAUCGAUGUGGAAACACUAACAAGGUACACUUUAUUUUCCGACAUAAGAAUCCGAAAACGGGUGAAUAUGAAGAAAAGCAUUUGACCGGUGCACCGUCUGCUAAACUGUCAAAGACUAGUACGUUGUAUACGUUGAUAGUCAGGCCUGAUAAUUCUUUCGAUCUCCAAAUCAAUAAUGUUAGCGAAAAGAGCGGCAGUUUAUUAGAAGAUUUCACGCCACCUGUUAAUCCUACUAAGGAGAUCGAUGAUCCUAAUGACAAAAAACCAGCUGAUUGGGUUGACACUGUAAAGAUCUCUGAUCCAGAUGCAAAAAAACCUGAUGAUUGGGACGAGGAUGCCCCACAAUCUAUUCCCGACGAAGAUGCAGUCAAGCCUGACGACUGGUUAGAAGAUGAACCAGAAACUAUUCCUGAUCCGGAUUCUAAAAAACCCGAAGAUUGGGAUGAUGAAGAAGAUGGAGAUUGGGUUCCACUCACAAUCGAAAAUCCGAAAUGUGAAACUGUGUCUGGUUGUGGUCCUUGGAAACGUCCGACCAAGCGCAACCCUGCUUAUAAGGGUAAAUGGUAUCCACCUAUGAUCGAUAAUCCAGCAUAUAAAGGCUUAUGGGCUCCUCGUAAGAUUCCGAAUCCAGAUUAUUUUGAAGAUUUGAAACCUGCUAAAUUUGAGGAAAUUGCUGGUAUUGGAUUUGAGCUUUGGACCAUGCAAAACGAUAUUCUCUUUGAUAACAUUUAUAUUGGUCAUUCUGAGGAGGAUGCAAAAAAAUUCGCAGAAGAAACUUGGGCAGUUAAAUAUAAAAUUGAAAAAGCUGCCGAGGAUAAGGAUUCUGACAUCCCUGAUGACAUUGAUUCUUCACCCACAUUCUGGGACGAUCCUAUCGAAUUUUGCCAAUAUCACGUUAAUCAAUUCCUUUCUUUACUGUUUGAGGAGCCACUUGAAGCUCUCAAGACAUAUCCGGAAACUGCUGGAAUUUUGGGUCUGAUUAUUGUCAUCCUCUUCUCACUCAUUGGAAUAUUGUUUAGUUUAUUGACUCCCACCAAAAAGCUGGUUGUUCCGCACAAAAAGACUGACGAACCCACACCUGAUGACCCGGAUGCUGAUGUGGGUGAGUCGAUGUGCCUACUCCUUCGAUUUCCUGGUAGUAAAUUGUGA